AUGGAUGAAACAUUAAAAGUACUGUUUGAAGCUUGCCGGAAUGGUGAUUUGAGCAAAGUUAAAAGUUUAAUCACGUCAGAGAAUAUCAAUGCACAAGAUAUCUCAGGAAGAAAGUCGACACCUUUACAUUUUAGUUCGGGAUUUGGUCGUAAAGACGUCGUCGAAUAUCUUCUUAGUCAAAAUGCGAAUGUUCAUAUGAAAGAUGACGGUGGAUUGAUUCCGUUACAUAAUGCUGCAAGUUUCGGUCAUGCGGAAGUUGUUCAAUUGCUUUUGGAUCAUCAUUCGGAUGUUAAUGCAUUAGAUAAUUGGAAUUAUAGUCCAUUAGCUGAAGCAGCAAGUAAAGGCAAAGUCGAUGUUUGUUUAAUUCUCUUACAACAUGGUGCUGAUCCAAAUCUAAAGAAUAGUGAUGGUAAAAGUGCAUUGGAUCUUGCUGAUUCAUCGACACGACCGGUAUUAACAGAAGCGGCCAGAGCAGGUAAUGAUGAAAAACUAAUCGGAAUUUUAACAUCAACCAAUGUCAAUUGUCACGCAAGCGAUGGAAGAAAAUCAACUCCAUUGCAUCUCGCUGCUGGAUAUAAUCGAUUAACAAUUUGUAAAAUAUUACUUGAACACGGUGCUGAUGUUCUAUGUAAAGAUAAAGGUGGAUUGGUUCCAUUACACAACGCUGCUUCCUAUGGUCAUUAUGAUGUCGCGGAGCUUCUAAUCGAACAUGGCGCUCAGAUUAACGCUUGUGAUCUAUGGCAGUACACACCUAUUCACGAAGCUGCUUCAAAAUCGCGUGUUGAUGUUUGUACCCUUCUCCUUAGUCAUGGAGCUGAUCCAACACUAGCUAAUUGCCAUGGCAAAACAGCACUUGAUAUAGCUGCAAGUCGAGAAUUACGAGACAGAAUUCUAUAUGAAUACAAUGGCUAUUCGUUCCUCGAUGCAGUUUAUCAUGGAGAUUUAAGUCGAGUGAAAAAACUCCUAACAAAUGAAACAGUUCAUUUUCAACAUUUCAAAACCGGAGAUUCGUGUUUACAUGUAGCGUGUACUUCAUCAUCCAUCAAACAUCGUCGUCAAAUCGUUGAAAUCCUAAUACGACGCGGUGCCAAUAUCAAUAUUUUAAAUGAUCGGCAAAUUGCUCCGAUUCAUCUAUGUGCUGCUGCAGAUUACUGUGAUAUCUUAGACGUUUUAUUGAAAAAUAAUGCCGACAUUAAUCUACUCGAUGGACAAGGUCAAUCAGCAUUGCAUCAUGCUGUUAAAAAUGGACAUUUGAAUGCAUGCCGUUUGCUCUUAGCUCGUAAGAUUGAUACGUCAAUUGCAUGUUCGAGUGGACACACGGCAUCAGAAAUGGCUACAUCGUCAAAUAUUCAACAGCUGUUCAUGAAUGAUAGUAACAAUGUUACAUCCAUACCGGAGAGCCUGGAUCUUGAAUUACAGUUAUUAGAAGCAUCUAAAUCGGGUGAUCUCGAUGUUGUCAAACGUAUAUUGACUAUGAAUCCGAUGUUAGUGAAUUGUCGAGAUGCGCAAGGUCGGAAUAGUACGCCUCUACACUUUGCUGCUGGAUACAAUCGUUUACAAGUAGUUGAAUAUCUGUUAUCUAUGGGAGCUGAUGUAACUGCACGUGAUAAAGGUAUUUCUUUUCUUUUUGACACUUUCGUUCUGAUCAAAUUUAUUUGUUCGUCGUUGAAAGGUGGCCUUGUUCCAUUGCAUAAUAGUUGUAGUUAUGGACAUUUCGAAGUCACAGCAUUAUUACUUAACAGUGGGGCAUCUCCACAAACAACUGAUCUCUGGAAAGUAACACCGUUACACGAAAGUGCGAUAAAGGGCAAAUUCGAAAUCUGUAAAUUGUUGUUAAAACACGGUGCUGAUCCCAAUAAGAAAAAUCGUGAUGGUGCUACGCCACUCGAUUUAGUUAAAGAACGUGACAGUGAUAUCGCGGAUUUACUCCGUGGUGACAGUGCCAUCUUAGAAUUAGCUAAAAAGGGAAAUCUUGAAAGACUAAGAAAACUGAUUACACCAGAAAAUGUCAAUUGUCGAGAUCCUCAAGGAAGAAAUAGUACACCACUACAUUUAGCUGCGGGAUAUAAUCAUUAUGAAAUAGCUCAGCUUCUACUAGCAAAUGGUUGUGAUCCAAAUACUGUUGACAAAGGCGGCUUGAUCGCUCUUCAUAAUGCCUCAUCAUUCGGACAUGUGGAUAUUGCUACUCUUCUAAUUAAUCAUCAUUCCGAUGUAAAUGCUCGUGACAAUUGGUCUUAUACACCCUUACAUGAAGCAGCGUCCAAAGGUCGUACUCAACUAUGUGUUCUACUUCUUUCUCAUGGUGCCAAUCCACAUCUUCGUAAUCAAGAUAAUCAAACACCAUACGAUUUGACCACAGCCGACGAUGUCAAAUCUCUAUUGUUAGAUGCCAUGUCAGUUUCAAUAUCUCCCACACCAUCGAUGGACAAUCAUAAUCGAACAACUGUCACACAUUCAACCCGUGAAACGACAUCAAUUCUCGGUGCCGAAACAAAUGCGAGCAGCUUUCGACAACGCCUAUCGUCUGCGACAAGUCAACCGCAGUCGGUCAGUCCACGUCAUAUUACAAGUGCCGACGGUAGUAUGAGUCUGAUUACAGAUGAAGAACAGCGAGAACAAGCACUUCACAUGACCAUGACUGAAUUCUUAAGUUUAUGUCAGUUCCAAUCAAGCCAGCACGAAGAUCAAGUACGAGAAUUAUUUGAACGUGAACACAUUACACUUGAUAUUCUCGCUGAAAUGACGCAUAACGAUUUGAAAGAAAUCGGUGUCAGCGCAUACGGUGAACGACAUAAACUACUGAAAGGCAUCGAGCGAUUAUACAAGCAAGCCAAAGAUCCAUGGUCAAAUGUACCUGAGAGAGGUUCAGUUUUCCUUGAACUUGAUGCUAGCGAUCGAGAGUAUCGACUUGUCGAAGAUGAAUUGCAAAGCACCAUUCGUGAACAUAAAGAUAGAUGUGGUGGAAUAUUCAGUCACUAUGUUGUAUUAAAAAUCGAAAAGAUUCGUAAUCGUCGUUUAUGGGAUCGAUAUUGUCAUCGACGGAAUGAAAUUCAGGAUGAUAAUAAUGGUCAUGAAAAUGAACGUUUACUUUUUCACGGUUCACCGUUUAUACAUUCAAUUAUGAACAAAGGUUUUGAUGAAAGACACGCAUCUAUAACCGGGAUGUUCGGUGCCGGAAUUUAUUUUGCAGAGAAUUCUUCCAAAUCGAAUCAAUAUGUUUAUGGUAUCGGUGGUGGAAAUGGUUGCGCUCAACAUAAAGACAAAUCAUGCUACAAAUGUCCAAGACAAAUGUUAUUGUGUCGUGUGUGCCUUGGACGGUCAUUUUUACAAUUUAGUGCAUCGAAACUAGCACACGCACCACCUGGCCAUCAUUCCGUCAUAGGUCGACCUUCACAAGGCGGCCUUGUUUAUCCUGAAUAUGUUAUUUAUCGUGGUGAACAAGCGUAUCCAGAAUAUUGUAUAACAUAUAAUCUUUUAAAUCCAGUGAACAGCGAUCGAGAGUAA